AUGAGCGGGGAAAUUGCCACACCGAUACUUGCAUUCGGCUGCGCUUUGAUCGUCUUUCUCAUAUUUGUCGUCCUACUGGUUAUAGAUCAUGUGAUCCGUUAUCAAAAGAUGAUAAAUAGAAAGAGGAAAGUUAAAAUACAAGGUGAACCGAUAACCCUUUAUUCAUCACCUGAAAUUCAAUCUGAUUGGACUAGUGAUCCAACAUUGAUAAAUAAUAUGAAUUAUGGUGUUGUUGUCAACCAUGUUCCUCCUGAAAAAGAAACUCCUACAGUGGAAGACAAAAAGGCGGAUGAAGACAUGAUGGUCAGACCGCCGCAUAUAGGUGAACUUUUACAGUCUCGACUAAAUGAAGUCGAAGCACAAGAUUAUGAAAAUGCGUCAAAUGAAGAACCUUUAGAUUAUGCAUAUGAAGGGCAAGAGAAUGAACGAAUGGAAAAUGGAGAUUUGUCUUCCGGCACCAGCUUACACAGUAUAUGA